AUGGAUACUGAAAUCGAGUCGAGGAAAAGGUUAGAGGCUGAAAUGGAUUGGAGGCGAAGAAUGGUGACUGAAAUUGAAUGCAGUCUUAGAAUGGAGACUGAGAUGGAAUGGAGGCAAAUGAGUGGUCCAUUUUCUGUGACGAGGGCAGCUUCCAUGCCGCCAAUGGAGACUCAAACAGAAUGGGUGAAAAUGAGUGAUCCAUUUUCUGUUAAUAGGACGGCUUCGUUGCCUCCAAUGGAGACUGGGAUGGACUGGAAGGAAAGGAGGGACCUCCAGACACAGACGUGCGGGGACACGCAGCAGAAUAGAUGGGAUAAACUGAAGAAUGUUAUAGUUUUUGAGGAAAAUGAAGGGAAUGGAACCUCUUCUUUGCCGUCACCUGGUGGAUCUGGAUCUGUAGGAAGUUUUGGUUCAGCUGGAACUAUUGAUAGAACUUUCAUUGAAGGUGCAUCUGGUAGUUCUAAUGCGAUACCUCCAGUCAGUGGCCCAUUGGAGAAAAUGCAGCAUCUGGUAUUAGCAGCCAUUGAAGCUACUAAUGAGCAAUCACCCGACUUUUCGGGAAAAGAGGGAAUCAGAAAUUUCUUACUCAAAAUGCCUGGUGUUGCCACUAAAGGUGAUGGACCAAAUGGAAAGAAGACUGAAGGAUUUUUAUACGCGUAUAAGAGGGGAGGAGAAGUGAAGAUUGUUUGUAUUUGUCAUGGUUAUUUUCUGACACCAGCCGAAUUUGUUAAACAUGCUAGUGGAGGUGAUGUUGAAAAUCCUUUAAAUGCUUAUAACUGUCGAUCCUAA